GAUUUGUAAGGGGUGAAUGUACAGCAUUGUAUUCAUUAAUUAGCAGGUGAAGCUCAGGGAUGUAAUUUUUGUAAACAACCACUGCACAACAAAACGUAUAAAGACGUUUAAUACUGCAUUGUCACAAUAUGUCCACGGUCGAAGAAGUUUUACGAAAGAUGCAUUCGGAUUUUGCCAAAGAGAAUCCGAUGGAAUCAUCAAAGUUAAACCAGCUGACUCAAGACAAAGUACACGAAUAUAAAGAAGCAUUUAACAUGUACGACAAGGACCACGAUGGAAUCCUGUCAGUUCAGAAACUAGGUGCCGUACUCCGUGCUCUAGGCCAUAACCCUACUGAAAUAGAAAUUCAAGAAAUGAUUGACGAGAUCGACUCAGAAGGCACAGGUUUCAUCGACUUUGAAAGUUUCUUGGAUGUUGUUAUGAGUCGUGAUUUGGACGAAGAAGACCACGAGGUGGCGCUUCGAGAAGCUUUUAAAAUGUUUGACAGGGACGGGAAUGGCUACAUUGAUGCAGACGAACUACGCCUGUGCAUGAUGAACCUAGGGGAGAAACUGACACUUGAGGAAGUGGAGGAGAUGAUUAAAGAGGUGGAUGUAGAUUUUGACGGGAGGAUGAAUUAUGAAGAAUUCGUGAAGCUGAUGUGCACAAAGUAUCCUCUAACGUAGUCUGAAGACUCCAGAAACGAUCUGACAUGUUUCUUCUGUUCGAUUUUGUUGUUCAUCUCCCUACUGGAAAGACGGACGACAUAACUAAUAAUGAGGUUCUCUUCAUCGAAGUCAUUUUCUUUGACAAUUGACAAAGGAUCUCAUGAAAUGAGAAACAGUUGUACAUUUCCUAUCCCUGUAAUUAUCGUCAUGCAUUGGUCCCUCUACAUAUAAUUACUAUUCCAUGUCAAUUGUUUCCUAUUUCUCUAUUAAAAGAAAGUGGGAAAAGGGGGUAGAGUCGAAUCUCAAGAAUGUUGUUUUGUAGAAAGCUUUUUCUUCUUUCAAAACCAUACAAUUAUUGUACACAUUACAACAACGAACUUAUUUACAAUAGUUUGAGAAAUAUUAAAACAAAUUGAUAAUAAUGAGAGAGUGAAGAUGAUCUCAAUUUUAUGCAAACGGCAUAGUGUAUCCAAACAUGUGAAGAAGCAAAAUUAAUUAAUACAUAUAAUAAAAUCUCAGCAUACUUGUUAUUCUUUCUAUUUAACUGCAGUAGGCUAAAGCCAUUUUCUCACCAGAGGGCGCGCAACGCAAGCUUCAUUUCUCCUCGUCUCAAAGGUAGUCCCACAGGCAGUUGGAGUAGAAAAUAGUUCUAAACAAAAUGUUUUGAUGUUUUGUUUAUAUUUAAAAUAUAAAAUAAAGUAUGAUUCUAAUAUAGGAAACGUAUCUUUACCGUAGAAAUGAAAUUUAAAGUUAAAACUUGGCCAUUUAACCUCUAUACAGAUUCUUGCAAGUAACUGCAAUGUACCGCGCCCUUUGGUAGGGAUUGGGCUAGAGGGGAAAUACUACCCAACGCAUUUAAUGCCACAUUUGAUUUAUCUUUUUAAUUAAUUUCAAAGCAUCGCAUACUUCAUGUUGCAAAUCUAAAUUUUGUUAGUAAUGAGAAUAUUAGAAUUUAUUUACAUGUGCAAAUUUAUUUACAUGUGCAGAAGAGCUAAUGUACUUUGGAAUAUCAUUUUCAUAUUAAGAGCAGAACAUCUCAGACGUGAUGAUAUACUUAGGGGAGAAGAGUUACUUUAGAUCUUAGAAUUGCCAAAUAAAGAUCUAUACCACGAGUCAGUUAAUCAGUACAUAAUUAUUUUCACUUUGUACAGAAAUAUAGAGAUUAGAGACAUUUGAUGUGUUAAAAGUCCCAAUUUAAAUGUGACUGACCUUAUUCUUCAUGCUUAUUUUAAGUAUUUUAACUGUUAUCAAUAAAUAUUAAAACCGUU